AUGAAUUGGGUUCAUUGCAAUACAUGUGGAAUUCGACCGAAACAAAUCAAAAUAUAUAUCACAACCUGUGGACAUCUGAUAUGCGAUAAUUGCACCAAAAAAGUGGUCGAAAAAAAGUGUUUGGUGUGUAGGAAGGAAUAUCGAGCCGAAGAAGUUUGUGGAAAAAUGCGACCAUUUUUGAUGAACAUGUUUCGAGAACCACAAGAUUUGGCGGCAAAAUUAGGAAAAGAGCUGGGAAACACUAUUGCGUUUCAAACUAAACAGAAAAAGUUGAUUCACCAGGCGAAACGAGCUAAGGUGUGCGCUGAAUUGGAAGAACUCAAAAAGGUAUAUACUGAAAAAGUUGGCUCAUAUCAGUAAGUUUUAUUAAAUACAAAAAAAAACAAAUAUCAAUUUUUUUUUUUGAAAUUUCAGAACUCUGAAAAAGGAAUAUAUCGAAACCAACUCAAAUUUGAAGACAUUGAGCACAAAUAUGAAGGAAAUGGUGGAAAAAUUGACAGUUUCACGCAAAGAAAAUUCUGCACUCAAAGCCGAUCUCAAAAAUGAGAUGCUUUUGGUGAAAAGGAGGUGUCAAACUGAACCGCCAGCUGCGAAAAACUCGAAAAAUUUGCCGAAUUCCACGUUUUCUGGAGCAGCGGAAUUUGUCGAAGAACAACAUCAUGUUUUGAGCGCAUUUGAAGGUUUUUUUAUUGAAAAAAAUUUCUGAUUUUUACAAAAAAAAUUUCAGGAAUUGAGUUAUCAAAAAGUAUUGAUGAAGCUCCUUCACGUGUUACGAGCACGCCAAUUCCGAAUGUAAGUUUUUAAAAAAUAAAAUUGAUUUUUCAACAAAAAAUUGAUUUUUUUUCAGAAUCAAGCAAAUCGAAAAGAAUUUAUGAGGCGAAUGUUCUCGAGUGGCGUGGAUCCUUCGCCAAUUUUAACCAAAUGA